GCACUUGAGUGUUGUUUUGCUAUCACAUGCCAUAGAAAUUUGAACAUUUGAGACGCUUCAUCGCAAUGUUGAGUGCUGGGAACCCCGUGUCAACACUCUGUUUGUUUUUUUUUUUUUUUACAAAUAUCCUCACUGCCCCAGAGAAUUCUGUUAUCCUCGGACCAUUUUCCCUUUGGAAUCAUAUGUCGUUGACUAUCUGACCCGUUCCAUCCUACGAAUCACAACCCACCAUGGCCGAUGCUCCAGCUUACCCGUCCCCCACCAAGACGUGGCAUACGACGGCCCAGCCCUCUGCAUCAUACAAGCGUCCUGAGCUGUCUGCCAAAGGGAAGUCCGUGCUGGUCACAGGAGGUGGCAGCACCGGGAUCGGUGGAGAGACGGCGCGCCACUUCGCCGCCGCUGGUGCGUCCCGGAUUGCGCUUCUCGGCCGCCGGGAGAAGCCUCUCCAGGAGAACAAGGCCUUCAUCGAGAAAACGUACCCGGGUGUCGAGGUCGUCAUCAUCUCGGCCGACAUCACCAAGAAGAGCGACGUGGAUGCGGCUUUUGCCAAAUUUGCCGGCAGCGGCAAGAUUGACACUUUGAUUCACAGCGCCGCCACCAUUGGACCCAAGGACGCCGUGACCAACGUGGACGGCCCAGCGUUCCUUGACGCCAUACAGACCAACCUCGCCGGAUCUUUGUACGUCUCGCAGGCCUUCAUCCGCCAUGCGGCCUCGGAUGGUGUCGCCGUCGCCAUCAACUCAUGGGGCGCCCACCUUAGUCUCAACGAUUUCUUUGCUUCCUAUUGCGUCGCCAAGAUGGCCGUAUACCGGCUCUGGGAUACCGUGGCCAUCGCGCACCCGAAUCUGAGCAUCUUCCAUACCCAGCCUGGCGUCAUACUCACUGAGAUGAACCUGAGCACGGGAGGCGCCGAAAGCUUCAAGGACAUCAAGACCGACGACGUGUCCCUGCCUGCCAGCUUCAAUCUGUGGCUUGCAAGCCCUGAAGCCCGGUUUCUAAAGAGCAAGUUCCUCUGGUGCAACUGGGAUAUAGACGAGCUCAAGGCUCGAGCGAAGGAGAUCGAAAGCGGACAAUUUCUCAGCAUUGACCUUGUCGGAUGGCCGUUCAAGAACGCUGCGUAGAGACUUCUGUCUACCUUGAGCUUGAUAUAAUUACCUCGCUAGGGCCUACGUUUCUAGAGGGCUGAGAUACUAGGCCGGAAUCAAUGAACAUCAAUUUUCAUUCAUUUGCUUGGGUAUGAAGCUGCCGACGGGAUGACUUGGUGAUUAUCUAUGCAUACUUGUUCUUCUCGUAAUUAGUGUGUACUCG